AUGAAAAAAACGAUUACUUUACCAUCUGAUUAUUCUAAAUCAUCUUUUUUUAAUGAUGGAAAAGAAUUAUUUUGUAAUUCUCCCUAAUUCUAAAUGGAAUUUACAUUAUUUGGAACCUUUUUAAUGAAAUCUAAUAAUCGACAAUAUAAUGUGAAUAUAUUUUUACAUGAAUUCAUAAUGAAAAUAAUUGAAGAAGUAUUUAUUUAGUUCAUGGAAGAAAGGAGAAAGACAUAUUAAUCUAGAGAAUGUCUGUGUUAAGAAGGCUUUGCAUUCAAAAACACAAUAAUUAGGAUUACGAAUAAGCAAAAAUGGAUAGUUUAUUGAGUUUUUUGGAGAAAUAAUAGAAUUGUGGAAAUAAAUAAAAAAAUUUGUAAUCCAAACUGACUUCUCAUUAAAGUACAAAUUAGGUUAAAAAUUAGGUGAGAGAUUUAGCUCUUCAGUAAUUCUUAAAAUUAUCUUAGGUAUUUAAGGCUUUAAAAAUCAUUAAUGGAUAAAAAGUAGCUGUAAAAAUAAUUGAAAAGAGUUUAGUUUAAAGAAAUAACGCUAGUGAAAGACAAUAAUUAAUUAAUGAGCUUACUGUUCUUCGUUAAAUAAAUCAUGACAAUUUACUUAAAUUACAUGAAACAUUUGAGAGUGAUGAAAAAAUAUAUCUAGUCUUAGAUUUGUUGGAAGGAGGACAUUUGAAAAAUUCAAUAUUUAGAUUUAGAUAUUCUGAAUAAGAAACAAUAAUAUUGAUGUAAACUUUAUUCAAAUCACUCAAUUAUAUGCAUGAAAAAAACAUAUAUCAUUAAGAUAUUAGAUUUGAUAAUAUUCUUCUUAAAGAUUAAUAAGAUUUAACAUCAGCUUGCAUAAUCAACUUUGGAAAAUCUGAAAUCAUAUAACAAAGUUUGGUAAGCACAUAAAAUCUCAAUUUUUAUGAUUAAAAUUCUCUCAUUCAAUUUAUUAGAAAAAAGGAUAUACUAUCUUUAUGUAUUGUAAUUUACAGCAUCUUUUCAAAGAAACUUUAUCAAGAAACAUAAAUUUUAGAUGAAUUAUUAAUGAAAAACUAUGAGAGUAUGUCUGAUAUAGAAUAUUUGGACUUAAAUCCUCCUUUAUUGUAAUUUUUCGAAAUUUUCUUUACCUCAAAAGGUAAAACUUAAAUGGAUACAAUUAAAUGUUCAGACAUAUUAAAUUUAGAUAUCUUUAACCUUCCACUUAUUAGACGCCCAUCUAAAUUUUAGGGAAUACCUUAAUAGAUCAAUCAUAAUUUUAAACGUGCAUCUAGAUUUGCUCCAAAAUAUUCUGAAAAGGAAUAGUAAAUAAUCUCUAAUUUCCAAAAGAUUCUCAAACUACCUACUAUUUCUGAUUCCUCAGAAUCAAAGAUCUCAUAAAAUCAUUCUUAAAGUCCAUAAACUGAAAAUUUUAUUUCAUAUAGAUUAUUAUAAGAUGAAAAAGCAAGUUCAAUCAAACCUCGCUAUAGUGUUUUAAAGAAAUGCUUAAGCCCAAAUAUUUGA